UUUUUUCGCUUUUCUCAAAUUAGUUCAAAUCCUCCUCCAUGUUUCCUUUCGUUAAACCCUAAUUGAAAUGGAAAAGAAAUCCAAGGAGGGAGAACCAGAGCCUGUUGUAUACGAAAUUCGGGGAGAGUCGGCUGUUGUUAUCAAUGGCGUCCCUAAGAUAGACCCAAAUUGCAGCACCCUUGUUCCCUCUAAUUCCAUCAAGGAAGACGACGGGUCUCGGAAAGAGAAAGGGUAUGGCGAAUGGUUGGAAGGAUGGGAAGUUCGGAAACUGUUUGGGGGAAAAUAUUAUCAUGGGAGAGUGAUCCAAUUCGACAAGGAAACUGGGUGGUAUAGGGUGGAGUAUGAAGAUGGGGAUUCUGAGGAUCUUGAUUGGGUGGAAUUGGAAGAGGUGCUUUUGCCUGUAGACAUUGGAGUUCCUUUGAAAACAGUAGCAUUGAAGGUGUUGAACAGGAAUCAGAUAGAUGGGCAGCUGAUGCCUCUGAAAUUCACAAGGACAAGCAUGUGGGAAAGAAAUUACAGACCCUUUAAUCAUCACAAUAUUGCACACAUCUUUAUUUCUUUGCUUUGCUUUUAUUUCUUAUGCUAAUGUGGAAAACCAGAACUUGCACUUGAAGCAUUCUGUGAUGUACAAAUUUGUUAACAGUGAUGUACUAUUUUAUAAUUGUAUCAUCUUUCCUUUGGUGGGUUCUGGGGCCCCAUGUCCCCUAUUGCAAC